CAGAGCCUCCGCGACUCCCAGCCUCCUCCUCCUCCCCGCCGCCGCAGCCUCCUCCUCUUCCUCCUCCUCCUCCCUCGCUCCCACAGCCAUGUCUGCUUAGACCAGAGCAGCUCCGCCGCCAAUUCAGGCAGCAGCGGCCGCCGCAGCCCAAGGAACAGCCACCGCCCGGGAGCUAUGACAGGGGUGUUUGACAGAAGGGUCCCCAGCAUCCGAUCCGGCGACUUCCAAGCUCCGUUCCCGACGUCUGCCGCCAUGCACCAUCCGUCUCAGGAAUCGCCAACUUUGCCCGAGUCGUCGGCCACCGAUUCUGACUAUUACAGUCCCGCGGGGGCUGCCCCGCACGGCUACUGCUCUCCUACCUCGGCUUCCUACGGCAAAGCGCUCAACCCCUACCAGUACCAGUACCACGGCGUCAACGGCUCCGCCGCCGGCUACCCGGCCAAGACCUACGCCGACUACGGCUACACCAGCCCCUACCACCAGUACGGCGGCGCCUACAACCGCGUCCCGAGCGCCGCCAGCCAGCCAGAGAAAGAAGUGGCGGAGCCAGAGGUGAGGAUGGUGAAUGGUAAACCAAAGAAAGUUCGUAAACCCAGGACUAUUUAUUCCAGCUUUCAGCUGGCCGCGUUACAGAGAAGGUUUCAGAAGACUCAGUACCUCGCCUUGCCAGAACGCGCCGAGUUGGCCGCCUCUCUGGGACUGACGCAAACACAGGUGAAAAUCUGGUUUCAGAACAAAAGAUCCAAGAUCAAGAAGAUCAUGAAAAACGGGGAGAUGCCCCCGGAGCACAGUCCCAGCUCCAGCGACCCUAUGGCGUGUAACUCGCCCCAGUCACCAGCGGUGUGGGAGCCCCAGGGCUCCUCCCGCUCUCUCAGCCACCACCCCCAUGCCCACCCUCCGACCUCCAACCAGUCCCCCGCGUCCAGCUACCUGGAGAACUCGGCUUCCUGGUACCCAAGCGCAGCCAGCUCCAUCAAUUCCCACCUGCCUCCGCCGGGCUCCUUGCAGCACCCGCUGGCACUGCCCUCCGGGACGCUCUAUUAGGCGGGGCUGCUCUCUCCGGCUCCUUUUGGGGACUACAGUGUUUUGCUGUUUUAGAAAUCAGAAAGAAAGGAAUUCGUGCGGGGAUGUUUGGAGAAUGGAAACAAAAAAGAUUCAUGUGUAAAGCUUUUUUUUUUUUUUUUUUUUUUUUUUUUUUUGCAUGUAAGUUAUUGCGUUUCAAAAGACCCCGCCCCCUUUUUUACGAAAAGAACCUUUUUUUGCGCAACUGUGGACACUAUCAAUGGUGCCUUGAAAUCUAUGACCUCAACUUUUCAAAAGACUUUUUUCAAUGUUAUUUUAACCGUGUAAAUAAGUGUAGAUAGAGGAAUUAAACUGUAUAUUCUGGAUAAAUAAAAUUAUUU